AUGUUGCAAGCCAAUAUGGCAGUAGCACGUAAAAUUGAGGCAAGUUUCCCGAAAACGGCACUUUUGCGGAGGCAUCCACCGCCAAAAUUGAAGAUGUUGCGCGAUAUUUUGGAGAAGUGCGAAAAGAUUGGCUUUUCAGUGGAUGGCUCAACAAGUGCAACGAUUUCUUCAAGUCUGCGAAGAUACGAAGGACGCAGUGAAAUGAAGCGAACAGUUGUUCAGGUGCUUUCAUAUUUGCUGAUGAAAGCGAUGCAAUUGGCUGUAUAUUUUUGCGUUGGUUCAAUGAAAAGUAAAGCGGAAUAUGCACAUUAUGCCUUAUCAGUGCCUCUGUAUACCCACUUCACGUCACCGAUUCGACGAUAUCCUGAUGUACUGGUGCAUCGUUUCUUGUCUGCUGCAAUUGGAUAUUCACCGCCGCCCAGUCUUACGAUCAAGGAAGUUGCGGCGAUUGCAAAUCAUUGCAACGAUCGAAAACUGACCGCUAAGACAGUUUCCGAAGCCAGUGAUGAUAUGUUCUUUGGCGUUUUUAUUAGGGAAUGUGGUCCGUUAACAGAGCGUGCUGUGGUACUGCAGGUGCUGGAUGCAUCGUUUGAUGUUUUGGUGAUCAAAUAUGGUGUUGUGAAACGUGUCUACACGAAUGUACGCUUUGAUAAUCUGCCAAAAACUGUCUCCUUUUUCAUUUUCUGUAAGAGAUGGAGCACUCCGAAGUAGCG